AUGUCAAAGCCUAGAUCAACAAGCACGAUUGAAUAGAGAAUCAAAGAUGUCAGAAUGCAAAGGUCUCGAAAUUAUUCCCACGUUGAAGGAACAUGCGUAUGCUCUGAUUGUUUGUGUGGUUAAUGCAAAUGCCAAGUGAUGUAACAACAUUAUGAUUAUCCCAAACUUUUACUGUCAAAUUAUAAAAGAGAGUAUCCUUGGAAAUGUUCCUCACCUCCUAAGCCAGUCUAAUAAGUUGAAUACUAGCCAAAUUUUGAACGAGUUUUUAGAUCCUCUACUUACUAAAGAAAUUUUCAAUAAUUCAACAUUUAGAAAACUCAAAAUUUCAAACCUUCACCCCAAGAUUGGAGAAAUGACUCACCAGUCGUCGAAAUAACAUCGUAUCGAACGAAUUUCAAAUAACAACCAAAUAAUAUCACACCUAUGCUGAGGCCAAUUGAAGUUGAUCAUUCUGUCAAUUUGCCUAUGUCUUAGAAGACCACUUACAAGAAUCACUUUAGAGCAUGCAGUUCUCAACUAGAAAAUGACCAUUAUGUUAGAGAAGCUCACUACAAAAGACACACCAAUCAAUCUCCAAAUCCAUAUUUAUAAACAUCAUAUCAACAUUUCUAUAAUGUAGUUUCAUAAUCACAAACCAAUGCAAUUUUACCCCAACAAAACUAGCCAUUUAUGCCAACCUUAUCUGGAUUGCAGAACCGACAAAGUCGAUAUCAAUCGGAUUAUAAAAGAAAAUAGAAACUCAAAUGUCAAGCCAGACAAUAUUUGGAAGAAUACAUUAUUAUUAAUUAAGAUUGA